AUGGGUACAGAUCAUGGUGAAGAAAGAUGUAAACAGAGAAAAACACAACAUCUUUGGCUGGCUUGGCAAUGUGAACUGAGUACUGAAUUAAAAAUACUGGACUUCUUUCUGCCAAUUUCACACAACAAUCAUGUUGACACUGGUAACUCUACUUCUGAAAAACUGAGAGUAAAUGACGGAGGACACCAAAGUGAUAAUCUUGCUAACAGUACUAGUAGGAACUUGCAAUUUGCAAAGAAUCCAUUGAGCAACCACUCAACAUAUUUUGAUAUACCAAUUGAUGAAGUAGUCGGCAGUCAUGCAUCAAAAUUGGAUGAGAAACUAUUUCAAGAUGGAAAUCAUUUGCUGAAUAGAAGCAAUGCAAAACACGACACUGAACCACCAUGUAAAAUAGUAAAGACAAGUGCAAAAUUGCCUCCAAUGGUUGGCAACACUAAUACCCCAGUAAAACAGUUCAAGUUUAAAUCAAUAAAAAAAACUAGUCAGGUUAACAGUCCGAGCAGUCUGCUUCACUUGAAUACUGUGCAAUUUAACAAUCGUAUGGUACCUGGAAACGUCAAUAAUAACAACUUUAAGUUGCAGCCAGCUAAUCCUUCCAGUAACUCUACAACUCAGUAUGCAAGUAAAAUCAGUGAAACUCCACCACAGGCAAGAAGUAGACCAGCAAUUCAGACUGGGAUUCUGACAAAUUUGAAUUCUCGUCAGUUUAGUGGGCAUUCAGCAGGAAAACAUGGUAUGAGAAACAGUAACAAUCCUCUGCAGCGAAUAUCUUCCGGUCUUGACAAGUGUACCCAAGAAUAUCCACUGGGCAUGUUAGAUUCAAAGAAGGUUAAUUCUCAGGCAUUGAGCAAACCACUGUAUGAGAACAAUACACAGACUGUUGCCAAUCACAAUGUGACAAAUGACGACGCUCCAAAACCAAAUGUUUCAAAUACCAAAACAGGUACAGGAUAUACCACUCCAGUUCAUCAAUCCAGCAAACCACGAUUCACUGCUGCCAAUUCACAGUUUGCUGCAGCCAGGAAGUUAAUGACACCACAUCCAGUGAGAACAUCACAAUUUACAAAGUCCCCUUCCACCCCAUCAACAUUUAGGUCCUUACAAUCUGACACAUCUGUCAAUACAUUGAAAACUUCUUAUCCAGCAGUUUCAUCUUCUGGCUCAUCAAAGUCAGCCGCUGGCGCAUCAACAUCUGGUGUGCAACAACAGAUACACAUUUCAUCAGCAGAAACAAGACAGGCUUUUGGCAGACCUACUACACCACAUACUCCAUUAUUGACAUCUAGGAUAGCUCAACUUUGUCAGAAAUCUGGUGGAAAAAUUACACCUCAAUCAAAGAUGAGACGAUUUCCUGGACCAGCAGGUUUAUUACCCAAACUAAUUCCAGGGCAAACAUUAACUGAUGUGCAUGUACCAGAGGAAAUAAAGACAGAUAUAGUAGAAGAGUCAGGUGUUUUGGAGACGUCCACAAGUAACUACUAUGGUGUAAAUGAAUUCAAUAAAGGUGCAUGGAUGAACAUGAAAUGUGACAUGGGUUUAGAUGAAAAGGAUCCCCACAGUAUUCUAGCUCAAAGUAAUAUUGCUGUGAUUAUGAGAAAGGCAAGUUUGAAGCAGCUACCAAAGGGAAAAAUCCCCCAUCUGUGUGUUUUAAUCAAGUCUGUUGAUUACAAUGAUGCAACUGCAGUUUUUAGAGAUUCAUCUGGUGAAAUCCAUGGUACAAUUCAUAGAAAACUACUGGAAGAUUAUCAGAAUUGUAAUGCUAGUCUGGUGAUGAGUCAGUCAGAUAUAUCCCAACAGUUGAAAACUGAUGCAAAACACAAUGAUACAGUCAAUACAUGUCAGAAGAAUAUUAACAGUGCAAAUCAUGUGCCAAGUUCAUCGAGCAUGCCCGAUUCUUUACCUGGACCCAGGUCUGUAUCUCCUUCCGGUGGUGUAACAAAGCUAACUUCUGUGCAGAAAAUAAACACAAAUAAUAAUGAAAUUGAUAAACAUGGAUGCACAAACGUAGUUCUUGCUGUUCCAGAGAAAUGUGAUAGUAAAGUAAAUAUGUCUUCAUUUCAAGCAGAUAACCUGGAUGCUUUACUGGAGGGAAUAGAAGAUGAAUUAUUUGCUGACUUUUGA